AUGACAGAACUUAAUAUACCAAUACAACAAGACCUUGGUGAAACAGACAGUGAUUACUUGACGGAUUCAGAUUCUUAUUAUUACGAUGAUUCAGGUUCAGAAUAUGAAUUGACAGCUCAAGAACAAUGGGAAGAAAGCUUGAAACAAAUAAAUAAUUUAAUUAAUUUGAUAAUAUUUCCAUUGAUUGGUAAAGUUAUAGGCAGAAGGUUUUCGCAUAUUAUAUGGAGAAGGUUUGCAAACUGGUGGUUUGUCUAA